CUGCUCCGUUUAGCCCCGGUUUUCCUGCCGGGAAGAGCCGCGUCCCGACCUGCGGGCCAGGCAGAGCCCCGGGGCCCGUUCGCCGCGGGGAGCAAAGUAUGCUGGGAGCGGUGAAAAUGGAAGGCCAUGAGCACACGGACUGGAGCAACUACUACGGGGAGCCCGAGGGCUACUCCUCGGUGAGCAACAUGAACGCGGGGCUGGGCAUGAACAGCAUGAACACCUACAUGACCAUGUCGGCCAUGAGCAGCACGGCCAACAUGACGGCGGCGGCCACCUCCAUGAACAUGUCCUACGCCAACACGGGCAUGAGCCCCUCGCUGACGGGCAUGUCCCCGGGCGCGGGGGCCAUGCCGGCCAUGGGCUCGGCCGGCGUGCCGGGCAUGGGCGCCCACCUGAGCCCCAGCAUGAGCCCCAUGGGCGGCCAGGCGGGCUCCAUGAACGCCCUGGCUCCCUACUCCAACAUGAACUCCAUGAGCCCCAUCUACGGCCAGUCCAACCUGAACCGCUCGCGCGACCCCAAGACCUACCGGCGCAGCUACACGCACGCCAAGCCGCCCUACUCCUACAUCUCCCUCAUCACCAUGGCCAUCCAGCAGUCCCCCAACAAGAUGCUGACCCUCAGCGAGAUCUACCAGUGGAUCAUGGACCUGUUCCCCUUCUACCGCCAGAACCAGCAGCGCUGGCAGAACAGCAUCCGCCACUCGCUGUCCUUCAACGACUGCUUCCUCAAGGUGCCGCGCUCUCCGGACAAGCCGGGCAAGGGCUCCUUCUGGACGCUGCACCCGGACUCGGGGAACAUGUUCGAGAACGGCUGCUACCUGCGCCGCCAGAAGCGCUUCAAGUGCGAGAAGCAGCUGGCGGCCAAGGACGGCUCUGCCGGCGCCGGCGGCAGCAAGAAAGGCCCAGGCCAAGCCGCCAGCCAGCCCCUGGGCGAGGGCAGCUCCUCGGGGGGCUCCGACGGCUCUGCCGGCGCCGAGUCCCCAGCCAGCUCCUCGCCCUGCCAGGACCACAAGCGCACCCUGGCCGACCUCAAAGGGCUGAGCCCCGGCGAGCCUUCGGCCUCGCCCGGCCAGCACCUGCUGGCCCCGCCGCACGCCGGGCUGGCGCACGAGGGGCACCUCAAGCCUGAGCACCACUACGCCUUCAACCACCCCUUCUCCAUCAACAACCUGAUGUCCUCCUCGGAGCAGCAGCACCACCACCCGCACCACCAGCACCACCACCCGCACAAAAUGGACCUGAAGGCCUACGAGCAGGUGAUGCACUACUCGGGCUACGCCUCGCCCGUGCCCGCGGGCCUGGCCAUGGCGCCCGUCACGAACAAAAGCGCCCUGGAGGCCUCGCCUUUGGCCGGAGAGACUUCCUACUACCAAGGCGUGUAUUCCCGGCCCAUCAUGAACUCCUCCUAAGUGGGGAAAAAAGCUCCUGGAAAAAGGGGGGAACCCUUCCCCCACCUCCCUCCCCCCAUACCCCUCGCAGUGGACUCUCAGCACGGUACAUAUCCGGUAUAUAUAUAUAUAUAUAUUUUUUUUUUUUUUUUCUGUUGUCUCCAGAUGUUUGCAUCCAUUUGGGAAUCUGCAGCCGUGUGGCCCCUUCCCAAAUCCACCCGGGGAGGGGGGGGGGUCCCUGUGGGGUGGUUUGGUUUGGCGGGGUGGGCAUGGAGGGGGUUCUCCGGGGCUUGUUUUGAUUUUUUUCGUUGUCGUUGUCGCCACGAGGUCUAAAUAUAUCUAUUUUUUUGUGUGCGAGUGAGGGGGGUGAAAAAUAACCCUCAGCCGAGGCAGAACCAACCCCUCCUUCCUUGUGAAUACUCCUAGUUCGGAAACCGAGAACCAAAAGUCUUGCAACGUUGUAAAAAAAAAAAAAAAAAAAAAAAGAAAAAGAAAAAAAAGGGGGUGGGGGGGAGACGGGGGGAAAGCAAAAAAGAAAAGAAAAAAAAAUACGAAAAAAAAUUUUAAAAAGGCAGGAUAGAUUGUUGUAAUUGAAGCAAAUGCUUGAUGUUCCCGGGAGAGUAAACUACUUGGAUCUGAUUAAUUUAUCGUUUCUGUAUGCUUUAUUUAUGGCUUCGAGCUGUGUAUUCUGGUAGCGAGCGGCCGCAGCUGCCGCAGAACUCCAUUAAAGUCGUGUUGGCGGUGCUUU